AUGGAGAUUUUUGACGGAAAGGAAUGGACGAGAGCCCCGCAAAUGCUGAGUGUCCGAUCUGAUCAUGGAAGCUUGGUAUAUCAUAGAAAGCUCUGGGUUAUUGGCGGUGAAAACCGUCAGGGUAAGAUCCGAGAUUGUGAGCAGUUUGAUUUUGCCUCUCAACAAUGGACACGCGUUGAGUUUUUGUACUUUAAACGAUCUUAG